UAAUUUCAAACAUGUACACGUUGAAAUAUUUUUCAAAAUAAACUCAAAAAUAUUUUAUUUGAUUAUAAAACGUUUUCAAAAUUUGCAAUAUCGAAUACUUUUAUUUUUUUCAAAAUUUGUUGUACUCAUCUAAACUUGAAAUAUGUCCAACAUUGGCAUUAAUGGCUUCGGUCGCAUUGGACGUUUAGUGCUGCGCGAAGCAAUACGUCGUAAGGCACAAAUUGUUGCAAUCAACGAACCAUUCAUCGAUGUCAAGUACAUGGCCUAUAUGCUGAAGUAUGACUCCACACAUGGACGCUUCAAAGGUAAAAUCGCGAUGGAAGGUCAAAAUUUAAAAAUCAACGAUUUAAGCAUCAAGAUUUUGGCUGAGAAGGAUCCAACCAAAAUCAAAUGGAGCGAAGUGGGCGCCAAAUAUGUGCUCGAAUGCACUGGCAAAUUCACAUCCACCGAGAAGGCGAGUGCACAUCUGAAAGGUGGCGCACAAAAGGUGAUUGUCUCUGCGCCCGUUGCUGAUGCGCCCAUGUUUGUUUGCGGUGUCAAUUUGGAUGCUUACAAACCGGAUAUGAAAGUCAUCUCGAAUGCAUCGUGCACCACUAACUGCCUGGCGCCGUUAGCGAAAGUUAUAAAUGACAAUUUCGAAAUAUGUCAAGGUCUAAUGACUACGGUGCAUGCGGUCACUUCCUCGCAGAAAUGUGUUGAUGCGCCGUCGCCGAAGAAGUGGCGCAGUGGUCGCGGUGCGUUACAAAGCAUUAUACCCGCAUCGACGGGUGCCGCCAAGGCUGUGGGUAAAGUUAUACCAGCUUUGAAUGGCAAACUCACUGGUAUGGCUUUUCGUGUGCCAACGCCGGAUGUCUCUGUGGUCGAUCUGACGGUUAGUCUUGGCAAGCCAACUUCACUCGAUUGCAUUAAAGAGAAAAUAAAAGAAGCUUCAAAAGGUAAAAUGAAAGGCAUUCUUGGUUAUACAGAAGAUGAGAUUGUAUCGGCUGAUAUUACAACUGAUGCGCGCUCCUCGAUUUUUGACGCUAAAGCGAGCAUAGGAUUAACGGAUACAUUUUUUAAAUUAAUCUCUUGGUAUGACAAUGAAUAUGGUUAUUCCUCGCGUAUGAUAGAUCUGGUAAAAUAUGUGCAAGAGGCGGAUAAAAAAGCAGGCGGAGAUGGUAAAAAAGAUAAAAAGGGAGGUGACAAGUGUGAUAGUAAGAAAAAAUAAGAUGUUUUUUGAUUAAAUAAUUUUUUAGUAUACAAUUUUUAAAUAAUG